UGGAAGAUUCCCCAAGGAGGUGGGCUUUUGAGAGAGUGUGGAAUGCAAUUCAAGCUACUCCUGCCUCGAAGGGAAUGCUUAAAUUCUCAAAGGAUUUUUCAUUUGAUAUAUAUUCUUUCAAAGCAUUUUUAAAUUAAAGAUAAAGUAUAAUUACAUUAAAGAGAAUUUCCUACAGAAACUGCAAUAGAACUUUUAAAAGUUCUGCUUUAGACUGCGUAACGUGAUAAGUGGACCAUUCAGAAAUACUAAACGAGCUCAUCUGACUAGAUUAUUAUAUUGACGAUAUAUAACACACAAGUCAAGGGGCUUUAUUUGAAUUAAGUUGGCUAUAAGAUUGUCAUUGGAAAAAAACAGGAAAACAAAACAAAACAAACAAACAAACAAACAAACAAACAAACAAAAAAACCCAGCCAUCUCAUGUACCAAUCUCCUUCCAGCCCCUUCUAAGGUCGAACCCGGUUUCACCCAUGGUUCCAAUUAGCGCCUCUCCGGCGAUAUGCAUAUUAUUAACCUGGAUAGAGAAGAAUACAGCCUUGCUUCCUUGAUCGUGUCACACUGUAACACUGACAUAUACAACAAAAGUUCCCUAGAAAAGCAGAGGGGGCGGGGUGAAGGCCCAGGGCGCUUGCGCUCUAGGUGAAACAUUUAGGAAGGUAACAGAAGCUGCCUUCCUUCGAAAAAUGAUGAGUUUAAUUUAAAAAAAAAAAAAGGAAUUAACAAGCUGUGUCGUGCGCUGCACAUGAUCAGCCAUGCUUGCUAAGUCUGUCUGUUGGCUGUUGCUAUGGCUACGGAAAGCCCGUGGAACCCAGUGAGCUGUCUGCAGAGGCGCUGAGAGGACCAGCCAUUUUACUUAGGGAAAGCAGUGUGGCAUAAAGCCUUUCUGUGGAGGAAGCAUUUUUUUGAAAAAAAGAAAAAUCUUUGGAGAGAAGAGAGCCACAGUGAGCACGCUAGUGCACAAUUAUUGCAGCCACGUGUGCCCGCAAGCUGGCCCUGCGACAAGCUGUUGAGUGCUGUUGCAAUUAGCUGAUUGGAGAACGGGGACUGCAGGGUGAUAAUGCUGCGUCUCCGCUCGCGGGCACCAGGAAAGGGUUUUGUCUCGGGAAGGCAAGUCUUCCCUGCACAGUUAUCUCAGCAGCUCCCUAGCUGAAGAGAACUGGGGGCUCUAAAGGGAGGGGGUCGCACUGUGCGAGCACAGAUUCUGUGCCAGGCUGUUGCUUAUGAGCCGCAGGUCUGGGAAAGCAGGUGUGUGCUCGGACGGGCACUGGGCUGGAACGCAGGCGGCGGCUCUCGGGUUCACCUGCUUCCUGUUAACAGACUGUUGGCUCACAGAGCAUCUGCUCUUACACGCUGAAGCUGCGGCUGAGAAAGGGGUUCCCGGCAUCCCACUUGACUGACGGAGGCACUUGGAUUGGACUUAAUCUUAAACCUCUGGAGGUCAAGACCUUUUAAAAAGGGCUAAAUAAACAAUCUACAUGUAAAAGGCCAGCGACUCCUACUUCCUCUGUUGGAGCAACUGUGAAGUCCAGCCUCUUCUAGGAAAACUGAAGACUUUAAUAACACACCGUUCAAGGUGAAAAUGAAUACAGAUAGCGGUGGGUGUGCUCGCAAACGUGCCGCCAUGUCUGUCACGUUAACAUCUGUGAAGAGAGUUCAAAGUUCUCCAAACCUAUUGGCUGCAGGGCGUGAGUCUCACUCUCCAGACUCAGCUUGGAGAUCUUACAAUGGUCGAAAUCCAGAGACACUGAACGGAGAUGCCACAUAUUCCUCUCUUGCAGCAAAAGGUUUUAGAAGCGUUCGACCAAACCUGCAAGACAAAAAGUCACCAACCCAGGCACCCCUUCCGCCAGUCAGGAAGGGGAGCUUUGACAGUCAGUCCCUGAUAACCAAUCAGUCAAAGGGUGACAUUUUAGACUCAUUAGGAACUAACAAACUCACUCCAUCAUGUACAGAGGACUUUACUAACCUUAAACCUCUCCAAGGAACUACACGUUCUAGUGAGGAUUCUAACCAGACAUUAAUGUAUUCUGAGGAAUCCAGCACGACUGUGUCAUACACACAGAAAAUCACUAGACCACUACCGGCAUCCCCCAGGGCCAGCCCUGCACACUUUGGAGACAUCAACACUCCAUUUCUACAACAAGACUACACACAAGAUUCUCAAACUCGAAGAAUUUCUACCUUGAAGCUAACCCCUAACCAGGACCAAGGAAGUAGUUUUCCCCUUAACACACCACAGUUUCCACAACCCACUGGCAGUCCAUCAUUUCUGCCAAGGUCUUGCUCACCAAGCCCUAACCCAGACACACACACAGCGUCCCUUUCCAUUCGGAUAGCCCCCUGUUCAGAACACCAUCUUGAGAGCCACAAACAGUUCCCUGAGCUUCCGCCAGAGCCUGCGAAGAUGCCUCUUCAGCAGGAUAGACAAACGCCUUCAGAUGCCACCGCCUGUCAGUCUCCAGCGAGCCAUAUCACUAUCAACGGCAACUCUGGUGGCGCCGUGAGUCCAGUGAGUUACUAUCAGAGGCCAUUCUCCCCUUCUGCAUACUCCCUCCCAGCCUCACUCAACUCCAGCAUUAUCAUGCCACACGGCAGGUCGCUUGAUUCUGCGGAGACAUAUUCCCAGCAUGCCCAGUCGCUAGACGGCACCAUGGGAAGCUCCAUCCCACUCUACAGAUCCUCCGAGGAAGAGAAGAGGGUCACAGUCAUCAAAGCCCCGCAUUACCCAGGGAUCGGCCCUGUGGAUGAGUCUGGAAUCCCCACAGCCAUUAGAACGACAGUUGACCGGCCGAAGGACUGGUACAAGACAAUGUUUAAACAAAUUCACAUGGUACACAAGCCGGAUGAGGACACAGACAUGUAUAAUACUCCUUACACAUACAAUGCAGGUCUGUACAACUCGCCCUACAGUGCUCAGUCACAUCCUGCUGCAAAGACCCAGACCUACAGACCUCUUUCCAAAAGCCACUCGGACAAUGGCACCGAUGCUUUUAAGGAGGCACCCUCACCAGUGCCUCCCCCACACGUUCCACCACGACCAAGAGAUCAGUCUUCAACAGAAAAGCAUGACUGGGAUCCCCCAGACAGAAAGGUGGACACCAGGAAAUUUCGAUCGGAGCCAAGGAGUAUUUUUGAAUACGAGCCUGGGAAGUCAUCCAUCCUGCAGCACGAAAGACCCCCCCCUCUCCCAACAACUCCGACACCUGUUCCCAGGGAACCCAGCCGGAAGCCUCUCCCAGUGUCACCCUCAACAGAUGGCCUGCGUAGCCCUUCCCCUCCGCCCAGGAGCUGUGUCCCCGCACCCCGUCUGAGUGCCCCAGAUCUCUCUCCCACCGGGACGGGUCGCAUAAAUCCAGCUGACAUAGAUUUAGAAAAUGAACCCUGGUAUAAAUUCUUUUCAGAACUGGAGUUUGGACGUCCGCCCCCUAAAAAGGCUCUGGAUUAUGUUCAAGAUCAUUCUUCCGGUGUGUCCAAUGAGGUCUCCGUCUACCAGUCUUCCAUAGACAGAAGCUUGGAAAGACCCAGCAGCUCUGCAAGCAUGGCGGGUGACUUUAGAAAACGGAGGAAGAGUGAACCUGCAGUGGGCCCGCCCAGGGGCUUGGGGGAUCACAGUUCAAGCAGGACCAGCCCCGGCCGGGCAGACCUCCCAGGAUCAAGUUCCACCUUUACCACGUCUUUCAUUAGUUCUUCUCCUUCCUCUCCCUCGAGAGCACAAGGUGGGGAUGAUAGCAAAAUGUGUCCGCCCCUUUGCAGUUACUCGGGGCUCAAUGGCUCGCCCUCUAGUGAGUUAGAGUGCUGCGGCGCUUAUAGAAGGCACUUGGACGUCCCCCAGGACUCUCAAAGGGCCAUCACUUUCAAGAACGGCUGGCAAAUGGCCCGGCAAAAUGCAGAGAUCUGGAGUAGCACUGAAGAGGCGGUUUCCCCCAAAAUCAAAUCACGAAGCUGUGACGAUCUCCUGAAUGAUGACUGCGGCAGCUUCCCAGACCCUAAAACCAAGUCAGAAAGCAUGGGUUCUCUGUUAUGUGACGAAGGCUCCAAAGAGAGCGACCCCAUGACGUGGACUUCCCCCUACAUCCCGGAAGUGUGCGGGAACAGCAGAUCUAGGCUCAAACAUAGGUCAGCCCAUAACGCCCCAGGCUUCCUCAAAAUGUACAAGAAAAUGCACCGCAUCAACCGCAAGGAUUUGAUGAACUCGGAGGUCAUUUGCUCUGUGAAAUCCAGGAUCCUUCAGUACGAGAAGGAACAGCAGCACAGGGGGCUGCUCCAUGGAUGGAGCCAGUCGUCCACCGAGGAGGUGCCCAGGGACGUGGUACCCACUCGCAUCUCGGAGUUUGAGAAGCUGAUUCAGAAGUCAAAGUCUAUGCCCAAUCUAGGAGAUGAAAUGUUAUCUCCUGUAACCCUAGAACCCCCACAAAAUGGUUUGUGCCCCAAGAGGCGAUUUUCUAUUGAGUCUCUGCUGGAGGAGGAAACUCAGGUCCGACACCCUUCUCAGGGUCAGCGAAGCUGCAAGUCGAACACCCUGGUACCCAUCCACAUCGAGGUCACCAGCGAUGAGCAACCUAGAACACAUAUGGAGUUUUCCGACAGUGACCAAGAUGGGGUUGUGUCUGACCACAGCGACUACGUCCACGUCGAAGGGUCGUCCUUUUGUAGUGAAAGUGACUUCGACCACUUUUCAUUCACAUCCUCUGAAAGUUUCUACGGAUCCAGCCAUCACCACCACCAUCACCACCACCAUCACCGACACCUCAUCAGUUCCUGCAAAGGCCGAUGCCCCGCUUCUUACACUCGAUUUACCACGAUGUUAAAACACGAAAGAGCUAAGCAUGAAAAUAUUGACCGACCCAGAAGGCAAGACAUGGAUCCUGGCCUAUCUAAACUCGCGUUUCUAGUCAGCCCUGUGCCUUUCCGAAGGAAAAAAGUUUUGACUCCCCAAAAACAAACUGAGCAGGCAAAAUGCAAAGCCUCGGUAGUUGAGGCUCUGGACUCUGCCCUUAAAGACAUUUGCGACCAAAUAAAAGCUGAAAAGCGGAGAGGAAGCUUGCCGGACAACAGCAUCCUGCACAGGCUUAUUAGUGAACUGCUGCCACAGAUUCCUGAAAGGAAUUCAUCUCUUAAUGCUCUAAAAAGGAGCCCCAUGCACCAGCCUUUCCACCCACUGCCUCAAGAUGGUGCUAUUCAUUGUCCCCUGUACCAAAAUGAUUGUGGGAGAAUGCCUCACAGUGCCUCUUUCCCAGACGUGGACACGACCAGCAGCUACCACGCACAGGACUAUGGUAGUGUGCUGAGUCUCCAAGAUCACGAGUCCCCUAGAAGUUACUCGUCUACUCUGACUGACUUGGGAAGAAGUGUAUCACGGGAACGAAGAGGAACUCCAGAAAAAGAGGUAAAAUUGCCUGCAAAAGCUGUCUAUGAUUUCAAAGCUCAGACUUCUAAGGAGCUGUCAUUUAAGAAAGGAGACACCGUCUACAUCCUCAGGAAAAUUGACCAGAACUGGUAUGAGGGGGAGCACCACGGAAGAGUGGGCAUUUUCCCAAUCUCAUACGUAGAGAAACUAACACCCCCAGAAAAAGCGCAGCCCGCGAGACCACCACCCCCAGUCCAGCCGGGAGAGAUUGGAGAAGCCAUAGCCAAGUACAACUUCAAUGCAGACACAAAUGUGGAACUCUCCCUGAGAAAGGGUGACAGGAUUAUUCUUCUCAAAAGAGUUGAUCAAAACUGGUAUGAAGGUAAAAUCCCAGGAACCAACAGACAAGGCAUCUUCCCUGUCUCCUACGUAGAAGUUGUCAAGAGGAACACGAAAGGUUCUGAGGAUUACCCCGACCCUCCUCUACCCCACAGCUACUCCAGUGAUAGAAUUUACAGCCUAAGCUCCAAUAAGAUACUGGUCUUGAUGCUUAGUUUAAAAAGAAAGGAAACUCUUUUGAGAGUUCAGUGCACUGGGGAUUCCUACCAAUAUUUCUCUUACAAGCCACAGCGUCCUGUGUUCUCUCACGAAAACAUUCAAGGUGGAGGAGAACCGUUUCAGGCUCUGUAUAACUAUACUCCUAGGAAUGAAGAUGAGCUGGAACUCAGAGAAAGUGAUGUCGUAGAUGUCAUGGAAAAGUGUGAUGACGGAUGGUUCGUGGGAACUUCAAGAAGAACCAAAUUCUUUGGUACUUUUCCUGGAAACUAUGUCAAAAGGCUGUGACUCACCUCACUCCUAAUUUAUGCCACAUUUCAGCCACACAUCUGCAUUAACCCACCUGAAACAUCCCAGGAGGCCUGUUGCUGCCUCGCCUUAUGGUUUCCAAUAGGCCAUUACCAUCUCCAUCUGCUGCCACCAAAUCACCAGCAGAGGGACUGCCGCUGUGAGCCUUAGGGAGGCUGGGAGCCUUAGAGAAAAGUGGCAAAACUUACACCCACAUAAAUAUUCAGUCUCCUGCUUUCUGCCCUGAACUUUGAAAUGCCUGUAUAUGGAAUCAGAAUGAAAAUGAUCAUACUUUCAAAAAAGUGAAAUAAUUAAGGAAGAAAGAAAGAGAAAAGAAAUAGAGAGACUCUUCAGGAGGCUGUCUGGCCUCAUGGCUGAAUCUCCACCUCUCUGGAAGGUGUACUGUCCUCAGGAAGCCUGAAGAUUGUUUUUUUCUGAAAUGCUAUGGUUCCAGUUCUCACUCUCAUCUAGGCGGUAUAUUUUCCUUUCACGAGUUUGCCUAGCGCUCGGGUUUACACUACAUGACAACUAUACUUCGGCUGUUGUUUGCUUGCACUUAUUAUUCCUUGUUUCAUGCACAGUGAUCACAAAAUCCAGAGUGCCUAGGGAAGGUUCACUGGUUCCACUGGUUCGAGUGUGAUUUUUGUUGACUGCAUUAUAUUUUCACACGGGGAGAGGGGUCUUUCCCCUGCCCACUUUUUUGUGCUUAUUAGAAGUGCAAACAGUGAGCAACUGAGAGCUCAGCCACACCACAGGACAAAUCGUGUUGUGAAUUCGCAUUGCUGUUUUGUGUAUUAAGGUGUAAUCAUCAGCUUCAUGGACAACAAGCUAUUAGUGAUUUCUUUACCUGUUAAAACUUACAGGCAGUGCUAGUGAGUUAGGCAGAAAGAUGACAGUAAUACCAGUAGGUGAGCUUCACUGCGUGCAUGCUCACACGUUUGAGAUUGUAUGAGGACAUAUAAUUCAUAUGCUAUGUUGUACAUUUUAUGGAAAUAUAAGAGAAUCCCACAUUAUUUUAUAGAGUACUUCAGGAGCAUCCUAAGUGUUAAGGCUGGCUUUAGCAAGGAUUAUGAUCAAUACAACUAUUUUUACUACAAUAAUUAUUUUUCUUCUAUGAGACCCAGAAUCCUGACUCCACUUGCAGACAGGAAUAUAUAUGUUGAGCCUGACUUUUUUUUCUGGUAUAUGUAAAAUACUUCCCAGGAAUACAUUGGGCACUUUUGGGAAUAAUGGUUAAAUCAUUCAGGUUGUGCUUCCUGCCCCCAAAACAGAUCUACAAAAUGAUACCAAACCUGAAAGAUUUAACGGAUUUACGGUGCCUGCAUUCCACACAACCUCACACUUAGCUUUGUAUUUCAAAUGAAUUUGCAUAAAACCUGUUCAUCUUUAGCACCUUAUAGUCAAAACUUUUUAUGGCUUUCCUCCCAUGGGCAAUGCUUGAUCUUCCACAACAUAUAAACUCUGGCAUAUUUUGUACAUAUGUUUGUUCCUUUUUGGUUGUACAGACUAUUUACUUGUUCAGAAAACAUCGAGAUCUCCCAAUUUGUUCUUUACCCUGCCCUUAAAAGGAAUUUAAACUCUUUCAGAAGAUCGCCCUUCACCACAUCUCCACAGAUCACAAGCUAAGGUGAAUCUGGAAUAUAUCGUCUGCACAAAAUUUUGUGACUCAGAAAGAUCUUUGUAACUACUCUGAAAUACAUAUAAUAACAAUGUUCCAGUUACAGAGGAAUAUUGUUGGGGCAGGAAGUGAAGAAACAUCUUCAAGAAACCCACUUUACUCUCCAGUUCACAACUAGCUUUAUAUUAGAAAAACUUGGGAUUGGAAAGUCAGCCAGCCAGCCGGCCACCUGCAGCCUUGUUGAUAAAUGAAUACUUUUUCACACCAUUUAUGAAAACAAAUCUUCAACUCUGUUGCCUGUUAUAUUUAAGAAAAAUUGCUGUUUCUACUCUCUGUAUCUGAUUUUAAAAGGAAAAAAAUAUUCACGCCUGGCUUUCAGGACAUUGACUUUGAAUUCUUACGAGCAAAGGUCGUUGUGUUUUUCUUGAGUAGAUACCUAAUAAAUUUUGCUUGAGAGUA